AUGGCGCUGUUUCACGUCGCCCGGUACUCGGGCCUCGGCGCCGGGCAGCCGGAGGCCGAGGCGGAGGCCGGGCGGCCCCGCGGGGCCCGUGCGCUGCUCGAGCGGCUGCAGUGCCGGGCCCGCGAGCGCCAGCGCCAGCGGCAGGAGCCGGAGCCGGACCCCGAGGCUGCCGCGGGGACCCCGCAGGCCGCGGCCCGGCGGCGGCGGCGGCCUCGGCGGCGGCCUCGGCGGAUCCACGGCUUGGAGCCGGGGAGCCCCGACGCGCCUCGGCCGAAGCGGCGGAGAGCGGACGGCGAGGAGGCCGGCGCGGGCGGGCCGGCCGGCGCGGGCUGCGGACCUGGGCCGCGGCGGGAAGACGCCCCACCGGGCCCCGGCUGCCUCGCAGGUGACGGCGAGACGGCGCCGCGGGCGCGCUGCGAGCGCCACGAGGCCCAGGCGGCCCUCGACGGGCGCUCCCUGAAGGAGACGCCUGGACUUCCGGGGCCCGGCCCGGUCCUGGGAGGCUUCGCCCGGAGCAAGACGCCCAAGGUCCAGCCUUUCCUGCCACUGUGGCUGGCUGAGCCGAGCUGUGUCAAGAAGAAUGUCACCGAGGAUCUUACUCCACUCGAGGCCAUUCCUGAGGUGCACCCUGACCUGCAGAAACAGCUGAGGGCACAUGGCAUCUCCUCCUACUUUCCAGUCCAGGCAGCUGUGAUUCCAGCCCUCCUAGAGAACGCAGCCAGUGGGUUUCUGGUGGGGAGAGGGGGUUACCAGCCCAGCGACCUCUGUGUUUCUGCCCCAACUGGCAGUGGGAAGACUCUGGCCUUUGUCAUCCCGGUUGUACAGGCCCUGCUGCAUCGUGUGGUUUGCCACGUCCGUGCCCUGGUUGUGCUGCCCACCAAAGAAUUGGCCCAGCAGGUGAGCAAAGUGUUCAACAUUUACACAGACACCACACCUCUCCGUGUUGCCCUGGUUACCGGACAGAAGUCGCUGGCUAAAGAACAAGAGAGCCUUGUCCAAAAGAUAGCAGAUGGCUACCGCUGCCUGGCUGACAUUGUGGUGGCCACACCUGGCCGCCUGGUGGACCACAUUGAUCAGACUCCAGGAUUCAGCCUCCAGCAGCUCCGCUUCCUGGUGAUUGAUGAGGCUGACCGAAUGAUCGACAGCAUGCACCAGUCCUGGCUGCCACGGGUGGUGGCAGCAGCUUUCCACAGCAAGGGCCCUGCAGACCCCUGUGCCCUGCUCCAGAGAAGGCAGCCCCAAGCUGUAACUGCCCAGAGCACCUGCUACCCUCAGAUGCCUCUGCAGAAGUUGUUAUUCUCAGCCACCCUAACACAGAAUCCUGAGAAACUGCAGCGGCUUGGCCUCUAUCGGCCUCGGCUUUUCUCUACAGGCGUGGUUCAGAGGGGCACUGAGGAUGGGGAAAUGACAAUGGACGGGGACUCCAAGGGGAAGUAUGCCUUCCCCAUGGGGCUCCAGCACCACUACGUGCCUUGCAGACUCAGCUCCAAGCCACUUGCAGUCCUGCACCUGGUCCUUAGGACGGACGUGUCCAGGACCCUCUGCUUCACCAAUUCCCGAGAGAAUGCCCAUAGGCUUUUCCUGCUAGUACAAGCUUUUGGAGGUAUAAGUGUGGCUGAGUUUUCCUCCUGCUACGGACCCAGCCAGAGGAAGAAGAUAUUGAAGCAGUUUGAGCAGGGCAAGAUCCAGCUCCUCAUCAGCACAGACGCCACUGCCCGAGGCAUUGACGUGCAGGGUGUGGAGCUGGUGGUCAACUACGAUGCGCCCCAGUACCUGAGGACCUACGUGCACAGAGUUGGGAGAACAGCUCGAGCUGGAAAAACUGGACAGGCCUUCACCCUGCUCCUGAAAGUGCAGGAGAAGAAGUUCCUCCGCAUGCUGGCAAAAGCUGGGGUGCCUGAGCUGACUCGCAAUGAGGUCCCCAAUGAGCUCUUGCAGCCGCUGGUUCCUCGGUAUCAGGAAGCCCUGUCCCAGUUGGAGAGGACUGUCAAGGAAGAGCAAACGUCCAAGUUGGUCUAGGCAGGGGACUUGGGGAACCAGAGGGACCCUGCUGCUGGUUAACUGCUAUCUGUCCUGAGCACUGGAUGCUGUGUGAGAAGAAACUUCUGAGGACGCAGCCAGUGUGGAUGGCCCCUUUCCCGCCGGUUUCCUUUGUGUAGGGCACAACCUGGACCUCAGCUCAGGCCUGCAAGCGUCAUGGGAUUUGUGUGGCCUCGGGUCCCAUUGGUCUCUGGAAAUAAACUCCGAUGAGGCUGAAGCCUGGCUAGGACAGUUGGAAAGUAUGGGGAGACUGACAUCAAAGAUCUUUUCAUAGUAGCAGGUGUCCACAGUCAGCAGUGCUUUGUGAUUCACAUCACAGGUGUCACGUUCUGCCCUGGGAUGAAGAGACUCUGUCAUUGACCAUCUCCA